GAUGAUCAUACAUUGAAGAUGCAAUGCAAGAGAGAAAAAAAGGAAAGGAGAAAUGGAGUUACGUGAGCUUGGAAGAACCGGACUCAAACUCAGUACCGUAGGUUUCGGAGCUUCUCCACUCGGCAAUGUCUUCGGCACUGUUUCCGACGAACAAGCCAUCGCUUCCGUCAGCCUCGCCUUUCAAUCCGGCAUCAACUUCUUCGACACUUCUCCCUACUACGGAGGAACACUCUCCGAAAAAGUGCUGGGGAAAGCUCUAAAGGCUCUGCAAGCUCCAAGAAACUCGUACAUCGUGGCAACCAAAUGCGGACGCUACAAGGAGGGUUUCGAUUUCAGCGCCGACAGAGUAACGAGGAGCAUAGACGAGAGCUUGGAGCGCUUGCAGCUUGACCACGUCGACAUUCUUCAGUGCCACGACAUCGAGUUUGGUUCCUUAGACCAGAUUGUGAACGAGACGAUUCCGGCGCUGGUGAAGCUGAAGGAAGCGGGGAAGACGCGGUUCAUCGGCAUCACGGGGCUUCCGCUGAGCGUUUUCAGUUACGUUCUCGAUAGGGUUCCGCCGGGGACGUUGGAUGUUGUGCUGUCGUAUUGCCAUUACUGCGUGAAUGACUCUGCGUUGGGGGAUUUGGUGCCCUAUUUGAAGGCCAAAGGGGUUGGCAUUAUCAAUGCUUCUCCGCUGUCUAUGGGCCUUCUCACUGAGGCUGGCCCACCUGAAUGGCAUCCUGCUUCGCCGCAACUCAAGUCCGCAUGCCAAGCUGCUGCUGCUCAUUGUAAAGAAAAGGGGAAAAACAUUUCAAAGUUAGCAUUGCAGUACAGCUUGUUAAAUAAGGAAAUCUCAUCAGUGCUUGUAGGCAUGAAAUCUGUUGAACAGGUGGAGGAAAAUGUAGCUGCGGCAAGAGAACUUGCAACUUCUGGAAUUGAUGAGGAGGCUUUGUCUGAAGUUGAAGCUAUUCUAAAGCCUGUUAAAAGCCAGUCAUGGCCUAGUGGAAUCCAGCAGAGCUGAUGUUUAUUCUACUGCAUGGUAUUGGCUAUGGAGACAUCCGCGCCUGUUGUUGAGGAUGUUCUUUACACCUGUAAUCCCAUUAAGAUAAAUAACUCUGACAGCUACUAAGAUCCACUAUCUAAAUAAUUCUUGUUUAUAGUCUAGACUCUAGAGUGCGUUCAAUAAUACAUUUCUCAAUGCGUCAUUAUUCAAUGCUCUUCAUCUUCGGCUUCUGGAGAGUAAGGACCUGUCUUCUAGGUGUGCCAAUAUAUAUAUAUAUAGUGGCCUUCUUAUGGCUUUGAUCUCUAUUUGGAUGAAGCUAGAAUUGUUGUUUGAACUGUUUUGUAAAAGCAAUUAAGAAAUGGCAAUAAUUUGUUCUC